AUGAAUGUGCGGUCGCAGUCACGGGCCUAUAUAGAUGUCUCUUCACUUCUCUUCAUCGGAAACCGCCGGCUAAGUCUGUGGGAGCAGGACCGCUCGAACCGUCCGUCGAGUUGUGUUGACUCGAAGUGCCCGGCCCCCGACGUCCCCGGUGUGACUUCUCGUCGUCGGGACUUGUUCCCGGAUAACCUCGAGCCCCCGCGCAUCCUCCCCGACGCAACAAGGACAGAAGAACAACCCAUGGCCCCGCUGCACGCAGUCCCGUCGCUAUCGAGCGACGCUGCCUCGGCAUCCGCAUCACUAGCCAGCUCAUCCCUUGACACCGGACUGGCCUCGGCAGUCGUCGUCCCCGAGAUCCUACAGGACGAUGGGAACGGGAUCCUGAUCGCCCCCUCCCGCCCCUCUCGCCCCACCCAGCGGCUCUAUCGAUGCCUCUUCCCCGUCCUCGACUGCCACGAGACCUUCGACGACACCGAACACUGGAGGACGCAUGUGUACAGCCACUUCCGGACUCACGAACCACCUGCUACAGCCCGGUGCCCGCUAUGCCCAGGCGAGAGAUUCGACAAUACCCCGCAGCGCCGGGCAUGGGAUCUCAUGCUCGACCACGUGGAUGCGGCGCAUUACCAGCAGGGCCAGACGCUGGCCGGCAGCAGGCCCGACUUCGAACUGAUGCAGUACUUGUAUCGACUGCGGAUUAUCAGUGUUGACCAGUUCAAGGUGAUGCAGUUACCGCCACCGCCGUCGAGUCCCGCGUAUCACCGCUCGCAGGAGACGGUUAGAGCGAAUAUCGGCUCUUCGGAUGAGCCGUACUGCGCUCCGUAUAGUCGGCGCAGGGAACAGAGGAUGCGGGGGCAACACCGAGGGGUAGGUGUGGCAUAA